GUCAGGUGUCACGAUGGAAGUAAACAAAAUCUAGCUGAACUGCAAAACUUGUUGUUAAAAAGCCUUUUGAUAUUUAUGUGGCUCUUUAAUGACGCUAACAUGUUAGAGGAAGAAACAGUUUUAAUUGAAGAUGUCAUUCUUCUAUUUAAAUCCAGUUAAAGGUGAUUUACCUGCUCAUUUACUGGAAGUUAUUCUCUUCAGCAGGUUGGGACAUUUAAACACUGUUUUCAGUAGCGAACCUCCUGUUUACAACGAAUUUGUCGUAGAGGGAAGUAUAUACGAUAAUGUGGGACAUUUUAUACUCUGCAUAAUUUCCAUUUUAAGCGAAAACCGAGAGUUUUCAGAGUACAUCCUUAGGACUGAGUUGGAGCUAUUCAAACAGCGCCUUACGUCCUUGACUGCUUACGAAAUGCGAUCAUUCUCUAAGAAGCUACUCAGAAGUAUCAAGAAACAUGAUAGUGUGCCAGAAUUCAUUGAAGCAUUACAAGUAUUAUGUCAACAUUUGAUGUUGAAAGAGGUUGCUCAACACAUGUGUGCGGCGCACAGAUACGACUGCGCCAAGCAUAAUAUACGCAUACAUUUCAAACAGUGCCUGCAUCUCGUAGCUAAAAGACAGGUCGAAAUAACUAAUGGAGUGGCUGUUAUACCAUGUGGUAAAUGGUAUCAAUAUUUAAUGUCACUUUUUAGACAAAACUUGGUGAACCGAAUAAAGAAAACAGAUUUGGCGCCACUCAAGAGUGACUCGAGGAUAAUGGAACUUCUUUACAAAAUUAAAAAGCAAUAUACUUUCUCUAAGCAAAUGAGUAAUAAGUUACUUAGUAAAGAUGUAGACUCCGCAUCUACAUACUUUCCUCCUUGUAUGCUUAACCUGCAUCAGAAUCUAAGAAAGAGACAUAGACUAUCUCACACACAGAGGUUUCAUUACAGUUUAUUUUUAAAAGACAUUGGUAUGCCUAUAGAAGAGUCCAUAGAUUUUUGGAGGUCAGAAUACAGGUUACAUCCAAAUGGUCACCACAGCUGUUGCCAUAAUUGGGAAAAAGAUGAAAAGAAAUACAUAUAUGGUAUAAGACAUAUGUAUGGUUUAGAAGGAUGUAAAAGAAAUUAUCCUUCUGUGAACUGCCAAGUUAUACAGAGCAUAGACAAUUCUAACUCUGAAGGAGGGUGUCCAUUCAAGUCUUUUGACUAUGAUAAAAUGGUCCCCCUUUUGAAAAACUGUUCACAGCCAGUGUUGUCACAAAUUAAUGAAUUAAAAAGUAAAGGGUUGUACACAAAUGCCUGUAUGUUAUUCAUGCAGAAUGGUUUUACAAAGGAAAAUUGUGAUAAUUCUAGCUUUAAUUUUACCCCUGUUAAAUUUUAUAAUAUGUCUAUUUUGGAAAGUAAAGAUGCCAAAUUAUGAUUAUAUUUUUAGAAAAUAUUUUUCUAAUUUGUGUUUUUAUGGUAAAUUAUGUGGGUUUUCCAUAGUGAAUAUUUUAUUAAAUGGACUAAGAUUUUAAAAUUAUAUAUUGUGGAAAUUGCCUAUGAAAAAAUUUAGUUAAAACAUGAAAUAAGAAAAUUUUUCUAUAAAUGUACUUGGUAUUUAAUACCCAACUGCGCAACACAAAGGAGGGUAUUGUGUUUGUUUGCUUAAAGUAUGUUACAUAAUGGUUGUAAGACUGAUAAAUGAGGACAUUGUAGUCAAGUUUAAUCUGACACACUACAAAUGGUAUUGUUCACCUCACUAGAGACAUGUCUAUUUUUUACUAUGAAUUGAUAGUAUUUUUGGAAUAAUAUAUAAUCUAAUGAAUUACUAUGGACUUCAAAUA